AUGACAUCAGCAAUAGAAAAACCCGUAUGGGAUGAUGUUGAUGAAGCCAUGGUGGAAGAGGUUAUGCGGAUGUCAACGGAAGAGUUGACAAGUAGGGCAAGGUUACUUGAUGCUGAAAUUCGCUUUAUGAAGUCGGAAUUGCACCACGUUGACCAUGAAAUUAAGAUGAAACAAGCGAAAGUAAAAGACAGCAAAAGUAAGAUCAAGAUGAACAAGGCUUUGCCUUAUUUAGUGGCAACCGUUGUCGAGUUAUUAGAUGUAGAACCACAGGAAGAUGAAAUUGAGGAAGGGGCGAAUGUGGAUCUUGAUUCGCAGCGCAAAGGAAAGUGUGCUGUCAUAAAAACAAGCACGAGGCAGACCUACUUUCUCCCAGUUAUCGGGCUUGUACCUCCUGAAGAGUUGAAACCUGGGGAUUUAGUUGGUGUACAUAAAGACUCGUAUCUUAUACUUGAGAAGCUUCCCCCCGAAUUCGAUUCUCGAGUAAAGGCUAUGGAGGUUGACGAACGUCCUACUGAGAGAUACAGUGAUAUUGGUGGCUUGGACAAACAAAUACAAGAACUAAUUGAAGCUGUUGUUCUACCUAUGACACAUCGUGAUCGUUUCGAAGCAAUUGGUAUACAACCUCCUAAGGGUGUAUUGUUAUACGGUCCUCCUGGAACGGGGAAAACUUUGCUGGCCCGUGCAUGUGCUGCGCAGACCAAAUCUACUUUCCUAAAACUUGCUGGUCCUCAACUAGUUCAGAUGUUCAUUGGGGAUGGAGCAAAGUUGGUCAGAGAUGCAUUCCAGCUAGCCAAAGAAAAAGCUCCAGCAAUCAUAUUUAUUGACGAACUUGAUGCAAUCGGCACAAAACGCUUUAACAGUGAAAAAGCCGGUGAUCGUGAAGUACAACGAACAAUGUUGGAAUUAUUAAACCAACUGGAUGGUUUUCAACCGAAUCAUGAUAUCAAAGUGAUUGCAGCAACAAAUCGUGUGGAUAUCUUAGAUCCAGCCUUAUUACGAAGUGGUCGUGUUGACCGAAAAAUUGAAUUUCCAGCACCGAAUGAAGAAGCACGUGCUCGAAUUAUGCAAAUCCAUUCGCGUAAAAUGAAUGUUGACAAAGAUGUCAACUUUGAAGAAUUAGCUCGGUGUACAGACGACUUCAACGGUGCUCAAUGUAAAGCUGUGUGUGUUGAAGCAGGUAUGAUCGCGCUACGUCGUGGAGCCUCAGAAGUAAUACAUGAAGAUUAUAUGGAUGCUAUACUAGAAGUUCAAGCAAAGAAACGCACCAACUUAAACUAUUAUGCUUGAUUAUUCAUUUGUGUAUGCUUUAAUUGUAGGUGUUUACAUCUACAAUUUCAGAUCGAUUUGACACACCACUGUUAGUCAGUCAGUCAGUCACCCAUCGUGAUGUGUGAUGACUCCAAAUGUCAAUAUAUACAAUAUACCCUGUAUUUAUUUCAAUACAAUAUGGUUUUGCUUAAUCUUUUUAAUUAACUUUGCACUUAAUAAAUGGAUACAUCCGUAUUCACUGUUUAACUAUUAAUGUGUGUAACUAUUUUGAUAUACGGUUACGUCCUCUGGGCUAGGCGAUUUAGUAGUUGCAAAGCUUUCAUUGUCCCAUCUAAACAACAUCUUCAGCGCAAGCUUCAAUAUGCAUUCUCCAUGAAUAAUAAUAAUAAUUGUGUUGUAUUCGGAAAAUGCAAAUUAAGUGUAGCUCAGUCAUUCAAUGA